CUCCCCUCUCCUUUACAAAUCCUGCUCUGCUCUCACUCAAAAAUCAAAAUCUCUCAAAUAAUCAAAUCACUCAUCUAUGCAUCUCAAUCGCUUCGAUUCCCCUGUUGUCCCGCUCCUUCAUAAUCUCUCAAUUUUUGGGCUUUUGUUUUUGGGGUUGUUUUCAAUCGACUGAAGAAAUUUCACAUAUUGGGUUUCAUUAUUGAGUGGGAAAUUCCGGUGGUGAUUGGUGCUUAUUCGUCACCCCAUAAACUUUUUUUUUUCUUUAUGUCAGUUUGGGUAGUUGGGAUUUGUUGAAAGUUGUGUUUUUAAGGUUUCUGCUUUGGGUUCGGAAAAGUCUAGGUUUUGGUCGGGGUUUAUAGGUUGUUGUUGUUGUUUUGGUAUUGAUGGCUAGCGCGGUUGAAGAAAACAAUGUUGAGUACGAUAGUGAUCCGGAAGAGGCAAAGCGACCGUUAACAAUGCGGAGGCGCGAAGCCAGCGAUGACGAAGAAGCCGAAGGAGAAGUCACUGAUAAGAGGGAAGAUCGUAGGGUAGAGGUUCCUUCUGAUGUGUUAGAUGACGAAGGAGGUGUUGAAGACUAUGAUGAUGGUAAUGUUGUUGAAGAAGAAGAAGAAGAAGAAGAAGAAGAAUUAGAAGAUGAGGAAGUUGAAGAAGAGGUGUACGAGGAGAAGAGUGCAAGUGGUGGGGUUGAUGAGGGUUCAGUGGUUGUGGUCAAGGAAUCUGAUGGUGAUGGUGAUGAUGAUGUCAGACCCCCUUUGGAAGAUUCUGCUGAGGACCAUUUGGAGGAGAAAAAGGAGAAUGAACCAUUUGCGGUGCCCACUGCUGGAGCUUUUUACAUGCACGAUGAUCGUUUUAGGGACAAUUCUGGUGCUCGUCACAGGCGGAUACCUGGUGGAAGGAGACUGUGGGAGUCCAAAGAUGACAGGAAAUGGGGACAUGAUAAAUUUGAGGAAAUUACUUUUCAUGAAAGGCGCUAUGAAGAGAGGAGACCUAAGGGUAAUUAUCAUGGCCAUGCUAAGAGUCGAGGCACUGAUCGGGGAGGAUAUGUUCGAGGAAACAGGAAAGGGUAUAAUGACAGCUCUAGCAAUCAAAAUCAGGUGCCUAAGAGUGUUGUGAGAGGGAGAGGCCCCCAAAGGUAUGAACGUACCAAUAAAAGCAAUGGUCCAUCUCCCCAAGUGCAAAAUAAACAAUCUGGGAAGUCUCUUGAGAAAACUUCAAAUGUUAGUUCAGAGAGGACUUCCAUAUCUGCUUCCAACACAGAAUCUGACGCUGUCCGUGCUAAAAUUCAAGUGGUUGCUUCAAAUUUGAAUUCAUCAUCCCCACCAUAUUAUCCGUCAGUCUCUUCCAACAAAGAUGCACAAAAAAGGGAGGUACAAACGGGCGGCAGUAGCAGGAGCACUGGCCCUUUUGUUAUGGAAGAGGGUUUUCCAGUUCAACAAAACAAUGCACUGCUUCGGGGAAAGAAUGUUGCUGAUUCCAUCAGCAUGGCAAAGCUGUAUAUUGAUGAGUCCAUCCCUGCAUCUGUUGGAAAACCUUUAAACAAUGAGCACAUGGUGCCACUGAGAUCUUCUGGAGUCAAUGCUUCUCAAUCUCCUCAUCUCAGGGCUUCUGGGACUGGGAGGGGUACAGCAAUCCCCGUGCAGAUGAAUUAUCAGCGUGCUCCCUCACAUAAUCAAAUAAAUAAAGUUUCUCCAACGCAACUGCUGGCUACUCAGACAAGUUCUGCUCCAGGACGGAAUUCUACUUCUGUACAAGCUACUGUUCCGCAGUUGGGCCAUAGACCUAGUAGUAGGUCUCAAUCAUCAUCUCCUCCCAAAACAUCCAUGUCAAUGAAUUCACAUGAUUCUGGAGAUAUGCAUGACGGACCAGAAUCAGGUAAAGCCAAAGGUGCUUUGGUUGGGAAUGGAAGGGGAGGUACCCAUGGUGCUGGUAUGGGCUCUUUUGUUUAUGGUGGGGCACAGGCAAUGGGCGCUGCUGGAAAUGUGAGUGUUAGUCAUGGAGAUCCAAAUGUCCCAACCUUUUUGCCAGUCAUGCAAUUUGGAGGUCAGCAUCCUGGUGGUAUAGGAGUUCCUGCUGUUGGCAUGGCAUUCCCUGGAUAUGUCCCUGGAAACUCAGAAAUGACAUGGCUACCAGUCUUGGCUGGUACUGCAGGAGCUUUAGGGGCUACAUACCCGUACCUUGCUGUUGAUGGUGCAUACGCUCGACAAUCUGGACAAGCCACUGCAAUGGAUACUUCAGGCAAGGAACAUAAUGUUAAUAAACCUAACAAUGAAUUGAAGCCACCGCAGAGAUCUGCAAGUGAUGAGUUUGGACAACGGCAGAAUAAACCCCGAAGAUAUUCAGAGAUGAAUUUUGGUCAGUGAAGUAUUAUAUAUGAUGCAGCUUGUUUAAAAUAAGCAGAUAAAGGCCUAUCUCCUGGCCCUUUGUUCUCCGGCUUCUGAUCUGGAGCACUUUGGGCUGCAAUAAGUUUCAAGAUUUUUUAGUUAUAACACCUGCUCUUGCUGUUCCCGUCAUUGAAGUUAUUGCAGCAUGAAGGGUGGUAGUAGCUUGUUUAGUUGUACGGUUUUUCUUACGGUUUGGUUUUUUAAUUAAGCUUGUUUGUGUGAAACAAACACAGGAAAGCUUCUCUAGAACUAGGGAUAUAGAAAAAGUCAUAAUUAUUAUUCUGCAGCAGCUGAUUGCAUCAUCGUGGUUGAAAAGUUUCUCAUGUAAAUGGUUGUUAUUUGUUAUUCAUAUGGUUCGACCUUGUGCUUAUAUCAUCUAUAAGUUUAUGAGACAUUUUUAAUGUAUUCUUUUUUUUAUUAUUUUAAAAAGCUCUAGUAUUUUCAAAUGAA